ACUAGAACCAUGAGAAGGGUACAUCAUCGAUACCUGCGGUGAUCUGCUUGCUGGACUCAGCAAUCGCCUGUGCUUCCAUUUUGAGUUGGCUUUCUUGGCUGGUGUACCUUGCUGCCUUGCGGUCUUUAUUAGCCUGGAGACGCACCUGAAGAGAGAUUCUUUUGGCUUGAAAUGAUCGGUUUGCGUGGUUUUAGGUACGCGAUAUGUGUACAGCAACCAAUGAUAGGCUUUGUGCAGGGAUAGGCCAGCCAGGACUGUCCACUUUGGGUCUUUAAUCAGUGGUGUAGCGUCCCCUCACCUAACGGGACUUCUUUGGAUUCUCACUGAUAGAUUAGUUUAGAUUCUGAGUCGACUCAAAUGCUAGCUUAGGCGAUGAAUUCCAUGAGAUCUCCGAGGCAAGCUUCAGACUUGGUUGGUUGCUAGGAAGCUUUCUGACGAGGCUUCACAGCCGGUAGAAUUAAUGGCUGCCGAGGAAGGGGACAAUGCAGCCGAUGAAAGAUCGUCAACCACCCGAGAAUCCGACGAUCACGACAACGAACAUCACGACCCGCUAACAUCAUCAUGCCCCGAGCCGCCGGUUCAGCGUCGUUCGCCGGCUGCUGGAGGAUCAGGAGAUCUUGAAGGAUCAGGAGAUCUUGAAGGAUUAGGGGAUCUUGACGGAUCACGGGAUCUUGAAGUAUCACGUGAUCCUGAAGGAUUAGGGGAUCCUGGAGGAUCACGAGAUCCUGAAGGAUUAGGGGAUCGUGGAGGAUCACGAGGUCUGGGAAGAGCACCUGGGGGAUCACCGGGGCUCCAACGUUCUGACAUGAACAGAUCUCGUCAUCAGGCUUCAGCCGUUAGCAGCUGUAGCAACGGCAGCAGCAGCAGCAGCAGCAGCAGCAGCAACCGCGCUCCCGACAGUGGCCAAGGCGGUCCCGUCAGGCCGACUGAUAAUGCUAGAAUCACAAGUAGUGCUUUUGUUCCGAGUCGGAGCCCUUCGCCUAUCAGGCAAGAUUCACAAGUUAAAAAUUCGCGACAGUGUCAUGGGCCUGGGAUUCCCGCCAGGCUCAACGGGCCUCCAGCCAGGCUCAGCGGUCCAGUUAUGGCUGCCAGCGCUGCUGAGAACCAUCCGCAGUGCGGGUGCUCGCCAAUGCAUCUGGGGUCGCCGCUGCACCUGGAAUGCACCGCCAGGACCUGCUCCCGCGGUCCUGCAACCGCUAACCACGAAUUCCCUGGCCGAGAACCCCCUUAUCCAGAAUUCUCUGACCGAGUAACUCCGUAUCGAGGAUUACCGUACCGAGGAUCCGCUUAUCAAGAACCUUCUUAUCGAGAAUCUUCUGCCCGAAAUUUUCUUGAUCGGGGAUCGCCGGGCCGGAAAUUCCCAGAAUCGUCAAAUCGAGAAUCGUCGAAUUUAGAAUCGUCAGAUCAAGAAUCGUCAGACCGAGAAUCGGCUUCCCUGCUACAAGCGAUUCUCGCUGAUGACGCACCCAUGCUCAACGGACGCCGCACCGAGGACCACCCCCCUCCGAGGGUACCCAAUGCUCCGAGUCGGAGCACGCAGAGCUGGCGUGAUUGCCGCCACAGAUACCUGCAGAGGGUGCGUCUGUUAUUGCAGAGCUUUUUUACCCACAGCAGAUGGUGGUGGGUGCGGCGGCGGGCAGCAGGGUUUCUGAUCCAGAAGAAAGACGCGCUAGCUGCAGCGGUGAGAGGUCACGCCUGGAAAGGCGCUCACCAGAAAAGGCGAUCGCGAGACUCGUCAUGGGGAGGGUGGAGAUUUCUGGGCGGAGGGGGAGGGAAAGGCGCGAGUGUGGACAGGAUACUGGCGAUCGUGGCGGUGGUGCUGUUCGUCUCGAAUUACUACCUCCUCUCCUCGCGCAUGGAGGGGGCUGCGUGGAGCAAGCACGCGAGAGGUGAUCAUGGCGUGAGGGCGCGGAGCGAGCAGCAGGAGGCGGAGGCGGAGGUGGAGGGAGUGGGUGCUGCUCGGACGGCGGACUCGCCAGUCCGACCUUGGGGACGAGCGCGCAGGUAUGAGCGAGACAAGUGGUACAAGCGAACCUUCCACACCAUCCCGGGCACUCUCCCGCGCCCUGCCUGGAACGCAUCGGAUGACUCCUUUCUCAACUCCCUGCACGGCAGCUGGCACGUGCAGCCGUACUCGUCGCAGCCAGGGGUGUAUCUGCUGCAGCAGCCCACGGACUUUGCAUGCGUGCUGCUCAUUCAAGAUGCGUGCUACCUCUACAUGCCAGGAAAGUCGCGGCACCACCAGCCCCAGACAGGCAUCUGGUUCGCCAGGGAUCGAACCCGCGACCUCUCAAAAAUAUCCAUAGUCAACAACGUGUGCCACCUGUACAGUGACAGGCUGGCAGAAGCACAGUACGAGUCCUGGCUGGAGCUGAGCUGGCAUGAGCUGGCAGCCGCCCUGCAGAGAGAAUCGGCUCUUGGGAAGGGGGUGAAAGGGGGGAGGAGGGAAGUGGGGGAGGGAGAAAGAGGAGAAAGACGGGGAAUGCAGGGGAGAGGUAAGGGCAGGGAAUCCGGAAGGGAAAGUACAGGGCAGAGGAGAGGAGCAGGGCUAGUAAGUGAGGGAAAAUCAGGGGACGAGUUGACUGACGGAGGGGGGUUACGCCAAGGCAUGACAGUGGACGAUCUGGAGGAAGUCGCUCGGGUGUAUGCAGAGGCAGGGAGGAAGCGCAAGCAGAGGAUGGCUGCUGCUGCUGCUUCUGGUGCUGGUGCUGGUGCUGUUGCCUUUUUUAAUGGUGCGGCAGGAGGAGAGGAGAGUAUGCAGCAGGGCAGCAGCAGUACCGAGGGCAGCGACAACGGCACAUGGGUGAGGCGCCACCCCAGCGUGCCUUACUCUGUGCUCCUGUCCGAGGUGGGGUACUCGCUAGAGGCUCUAGAUGCCCCAGACAGGCCGUUAGAGGAGGUGAGCUUCAGGGACCCCAGUGAUGACUGGAAGACGCCAGGGGCGGACCGGAAGGAGAGCGGGGAAAGGGCAAGCGAGGGGAGGAGGAGGAAGGCGGCCGUGAAAGGUGGGCCUGGAAAGAAGAGCUCUGAAGUGGCUCAGAGAGGAGGCAAGGCGAGCGAGGGGACCGGGAAGAGUGUGAAAAGAGGUGGGGUCGGAAAGGAGACCCGAAGAGAGGUGCUCUUGGGUGGGCGGAGGAAGCUGCUGGGAGUCUGGGAAUCAAGACAUCGCCACAGCCAGGGGCCACGUAGACGCCAACCCCACAGCAGCAGCAGCGACAACACCACCACCAGUUACAACCUUCCCCGGAUGCUGCCUCUGCAGCCCCGCCACACGGCCAUGGAGAACCUAGCGGACGGGUUCGACCAGGAGCCGGACGAACAACCCCAUGUGGACCUCUCGGACCUGAAGCGCCGCUCCAAGCACACCUACGGGCGCCUGGUGAGCCACCUGGGGAUGACGCGGUACGUGAAUGGGAGUGAGAGAGGGAGCAGGGAGCGGCUGGUGAGACAGCUGGCCGGGAGAGUGAUGCGGGUGGGCGUGGUGCCGCGGUACGGGUCUGCUGUGGGCGAGUUUGGGCGCGCACUGGUGCCCCUGAUGGAGGUGGCUGGGCACCUGGAGGCCUCGUUAGAGUCACGGGCAGAAGGAGAGGUGGAGGCAGCGCGUGGAAUGCAGCAGUCAGGAGGGAAAGAAUCGGGGCAGCCGCAGCCAGGGAAGCAGCGUGCACAGCAGCGACGCCAGCUGCAGCAGCAGCAGAGGCGAAACCAGCAGCAGCAGCAGCAGAGGCGAAACCACCACCACCAGCACCAGCACCAGCAGCAGCAGCAGCAGCAGCAGCAGCAGGAGAGGGUGGUGGUGUUUUUCCCCGGAGACAACUCCAUUCGCAGCCAGUGGACGGCGGACGCGGCUCAGCUGCUGUUCGGUGAACGCACUGGGGUGGAGGCAGGCAGAGUGGCGGGCCAACAGGUGUGCUUCCAGAACCUGCUCUUCCCGAUAAACAGGAUGCACCGCCCGCACAGCGCUGACCUCACUCGCCGCCGCGCCUCUCUUGCCGCCCACGCCAGCACUGAAUCCCAGGAAGCAGCAUCCCUUCCGCCUCAUAUCUCUGAUCCCACCAUUGCCCAAACUGAACCCCUCCAGAGCACAUCCUCCGCCUCUGCUUCCUCCGACACCCCGCCCCUAUCCGCCAUGGAACAGCCUGCAGGCAGCCCACAUAAGCCUUCUGAGGCACACCAGUUUUCCCCCACCCACAACUCCUCCCCUGCACCUCCCCUCGCUCUCCAGUCGCAAUCCAUGGCGCUGUCCUCCUUACAAGACUCCUCGUUACAAGCCCCUUCCUCUUUAGGGUUUGUGAGGCGCAAAGGAAUCCCCUUGAUGCAGGGCCUGACGGGCCUGCAGGGGGAUUCAGUGAUGGCGGGAGGGAAGGAGGAGGGCGGAGGGGUGGAGACAGGUGCAAUUAAGGGCGAAAGGAAGGAGGCAAUUGGGAGUGUGAGGGAGGAGGAGGCAGAUGAGGUAGGAGGAGCAGGUGGUAUGAGAGUGAGAGUACCUUUGGAGGUCAGUAUGGCAGCUGUGGGAAAUGGAGUAGCAGGAGCAAUGAUUGACACUUUGCAGGGACUCUACGAAAAUGGAUUGCAAGUGCGCCCAGUGGUGUACGAGAGGAGGAUACCGCCAAAGCUUGCCAUCCAUGGUUCUCCAGAGGAGCGGCUAGCUGCUAGUGUUGCUGCACUCCCACUGGGUGACAAGCGCCGCAUCGCCGCCCUGGCAGAUCCACUGACUGCCGCAGCCGCAGCCGCAGCCGCAGCCGCUGCUGCAGGAGGAGCAGCAGCAGAAGGAGCAUCAGCAGCAAGAGGAGGAGCAGGAGGAGGAAGAAGAGGGGGAGGAGGAGGGCGGGACAGAGAAGGGCGAAGCGAGGUAGCGGGUCAGAAGCAGAGAGGAAGCAGCAGCAAGGAAGAGAACAAGCAGGGAGAGCACGAGAAUGGGAAGGAGAGAGAGGAGGGGGAUCCAGUGGCUGAUGCUGAAGCGGAGGCAAGACAGGAGCUGGAUGACUCUUUCGACCAGUACACAGAGCAGCUAAAGGACGACGAUAAUGGCCUUCCGACCGAAACCAACUUCCCCACUAACUCCACCCUCACUCUCCAAAGUCUUGGUACUGCUGGGUCUGGCGUAACAGCAGCUGAGGCCCCUGCUUCUACACCUGCAGGAAUCUUGCCGCCGAUGCUGCCCCGACAGAGAAGUUUAUACUUUCUUCCCGAUGGGGAUGGCUCGGGCAUGUUUGCGGGCAGCAUGGAAAUAAGAUCCUGGCAGGUGACUGUAGUGGAGAGUGACAAUGUGGAGAGGCUAAGGAACCAGCAGGAGGUGGUGGCCCUCGUUCGAGAGGUCUUUCCGGAACUGCCGAUAGCAAUGGUGCGGCUAGGGAAUGCGUCACUCCACGAUCAUGUGACAAUAAUGAAGCGCACUCUCCUCCUCGUUGCAGUCCAUGACCCCCUGCUCUCCACUUCAGUCUUCUUCCUGCCACGUGGCGCCGUCCUAUUGGAGCUUUUCCCCUUGAAGCUCUAUAGCACACAACAUAGGAAGCUGGCACUGCGCUCGGGAAUACACUACAUGUCAUGGAGAAACUUGUUUCGCUACAACGCUUUUUUUAGAGGGAAUUGCCUGCGACGGCUGGGAUAUACGGACACAGACGACGAUGUCUGUUGGAGAACGAAGGAUUGUUUAAAGUGUAUUAGAGAUAAGAGCAUCACAUGGGUGGCUGGGAGAGACUUUUUGGAGAUGCUAGCCAAUGUACGGGUGCUUUUGUUGAGGCAGAUACCGCGGAGUGCCUUGUAUAAGCCGAGUAUAGCUACAUAAGGUUUUCCCAAGGCUAGUCUAUGUAGAGGGUAGGAAUUGUGCCCACAUUGGCCUUUAUUC